AUGGAACUCAAAACCGUCCUCAUCGAUAACCCCGAAGGCCUCAACCUGAUCCUGGGCCACUCCCAUUUUAUCAAAACAGUCGAAGACCUCCAUGAAGCUAUAUUCAACGCUGUCCCGGGGGCCAAAUUCGGCCUUGCAUUCUGCGAAGCGUCGGACGUCUGCCUGAUCCGAUAUUCAGGAACCGAUCCAGAGCUUGUCGCUUUGGCUCAGCGAAACGCCUUGGCCAUUGGGGCCGGCCACAGCUUUAUCAUUUUCCUGCGCGAUAUGUAUCCUCUCAAUGUCCUCGGUGCCAUCCGUGCCGUUCCCGAGGUUUGCCGCAUCUACUGCGCCACAGCGAAUCCCGUGGAGGUCAUCGUGGCACAAACAGAGCAGGGACGGGGUAUCUUGGGCGUUGUGGAUGGCUUCAGUCCGAAAGGUAUCGAAAGUGAAGCGGACAUAGCAAAGCGCAAGGCAUUUUUGCGGGCGGUUGGAUAUAAAAUGAACAUGUUCAUCCUCACCACCUUCGACGACCUGGUCCAGAUACCGCCGCAUGGAUUUGUGAAUAACCAAAUCACCCGACAAGACAUUGAAGACUGCAUCAACGAGAAAUAUUCCAACAAAGUUGUGCAGAAGGUCGGGCUGUGCAUUUGCAUGUAUGAUCUGCUGAAAGCUUCUGAUGGCUUGAUCGGUCAUGGCACGGGAAAUGCCAAUGUCAAUGUUCAAUUCCGAGUGAUAGUGUUUCGACCCUUCAAGGGCGAGAUCAUUACCGGUGUCAUCCAGAAAUGUACACCUGAAGGCAUUCGGAUCACAACACGAUUCUUCGACGAUAUCUUUGUCCCCCCAACCAUGCUUUUCGAGGGUUGUGUCUACAACGAGACCGAAAAGACCUGGGUCUGGGAGACUGAAGGCGACCCAAUCUAUCUCGAUGAAGGCACGAUAGUCAACGUGAGGGUCGAAGCCGAGAAGUGGAAUGACCAAGCACCAACACCCCCAAAGAUCAGGAAACCCGGUGACCCUGAGCCAGACCCAGUGGUAGAGCAUAGAGUGCCCUACUCUAUCGAGGCAUCAAUGGGCGAGCCCGGGCUGGGCGGUGUCGACUGGUGGUGA